AUGUACGACAAGAUCGGUGUGACUCUUGAAGGUGGUCUCCUGGAGGACGCAUCAGCCAAUCAUGUCUUUAUGGCAAUGCAGCUCCAAGAUUUGCCAGCAGCACUGCAGCGCCAAGUGGAUAGAGGCAGCAACAGGCAUGCAGUCCGCAAUGACGAUGUGGUCUGUCUUGUCAAAAAGUACAUUGGAGACCCUGAGCCGGGCCAGAAGCCCUUGCUUGUCUUCACAGAAGCACGGGCAUCAAGGAUUCCCAACAUUCCAGUUGACAAACAUCCACGAAGAGUUGUGUCAGAUACUGUCAAAGUUCAAUGGCAGAAGUUAGCAACUGCUGUGGAACAAUACUAUGGUGACAGCUACAACCUGCAGCCCAAUACCUCCGUCAUUUGGUCAAUGGCUACUUUCACAACAACUCAGUCCUCGAAGACAUUCCUCGGCUUCAAGUUGAUGGUGUGA